UCCUGUAUUUGACUGUGUUCGCGUCAGUUCAACCUGACCCUGUCUUGGUUGGGGUUAGAAAUCUGGAAAAGUCCGCAGUUUUCAGUGUUGUUCCUUUGCUUUUUUAUUGCCUUACUCGAAUUGUUUUAGUCUCAAUUACUAUGUGCGUUUUAAUUUCAAUGCGUCAAAGGUCAUAAAACACAGCACACUAGUAGUCUAAUACUGAGAAGCAUGUAACUGCUUUGAAGCAACAUCUCCUUUCUGUCUAGACUUGGGACUAGUCUGGAUGAACGACAUGGACAGCAGAUGUUACGGCUGUGCUUCAAAAUUCUCGCUCUUCAAGAAGGAGGCGGCAUGUAAGAACUGCGGUCGCUCCUACUGCGCAGGGUGUCUCGGUUACAGCUGUCUUGUGCCAAGGUGUGGAAACACUCAGCAGAAGGUCUGCAAGCAAUGCCAUGGAAACCUCACAAGUGGAGGAACCCUAAACAAUGCGGCUAAGUGGUCACCACCAGAGAAUUACAAAAAACGAGUGGCAGCUCUGGAAGCCAAGCAGAGCCAGCAGGGUCCAGCAUCUAGGCCCAGUUCUAAGAGCAUUGCCCCCCGACUCCCUGUUGCCAGGGGGCUGAGCAAGGAGGAUCAGGCCAUAGCUGAGAGACUGGAGAGACUCAAGGAGGACACCACACCCAGAUCAAUUCCCUCGGAGAAAGAGAUCGAGUCCCGACUGGCUGCUCUCAAGGUCCCUGCCCGUCCUAUUCCCACUGCCGCAGAGAUGGAGGACCGCCUGGCCGCUCUGCAGGGAGUGACCCCGCCAUCGCAAGUCCCCAGACCAAUUCACCAACCUCCAGAUGCAAGGACCCAGACUGAGCAAGCCAGUGAUCUGAUAACCCAGCUGUCUGAAGAGGUAGCAAUAGACAACAGAUUUGCACCAGAAUCAGGCUCAGAAGGUGUUACAGAUGGUCCCUUGAACAACCUGAACAAGGCAGACAGCACGUUAGAUGAGAACCUGGAUGACCUGCGGCAAGAUGCCAAGCAGCUGGAAUCGGAGAAGAGCCGGCUACUAGCAGAGGCCAUGGAGGAGCUGAAGCAGGAGAACCUGGGCCGGGAACAGGUGCUGCAGAUGGCAAGGAGGCUGGCGCUCCUGAAGGGACAGGACCCUGGCAAGAUCACAGCAAAUGAUUUCAGUCAACCAGACAGUGAAGAGGAGACAGAGGAGGAGUCACUGAAGAGAAUAUUGAAGCAGCUGUCUGAGGAAGCAGCCUUAGAUGAAGCCAGUGGCUACAACAUUCUUCCUGAACAGAGUGGCCCAAUAAACACAGAAAAACCAACUGGUCAUAAGAAGAUGCCUUGUGCUCCGCAGUCCAGAGCAAAUAAGAAGAUAGCUGCUGCCGCCCCACCUUCUGACAGCGAUGAGGAGGAGCUGCCUUGGUGUUGUAUCUGCAAUGAAGAUGCCACAAUUCGCUGCCGCUCUUGUGAUGAUGAGCUCUACUGUAAAAGGUGUUUCAGGGAGGGCCACGAUGAUUUUGAUAGAAAAGAUCACCGGACAACCAGUUACAAAGCUCCAAGGAAAAGCAAAAAGAAGUGAAAUAGUGAUUUAGCUCAUGUCACUGCCAGCAACUCCAGCCCCUGAACUACUGUUAUUUUUAUUAAUGCCUAAUUAUUGGAACUAAUCUGGCCAUACAUUGUCUGUGGCAGAUUGAGGAGCAGUGUACUGAUGCAAUAAACAAAUUCAAUUCUGAAUAUUAUAACCUUGAAAGCAAACAUAAUUAAAGUGUAUCUGAUGUAUUGUGAUUUACUUUGACUUCCUCAGAAUGUUUUCACAGAAAAUGUUUAGCCUUGUUUGUAUAAAGGAAAAAACAAUUAAAAUAACUCUCACAUGUGAGCACUUAAAAAUGUCACACAUUCAUGAAAAGGCUUUUCUUUAUACAGUACUUACAAUUCUUAAAUAACAAGCAUUAAGCAGAUUUGAAAACUGUACCGAGAAUGUAAGUCAUCAGUCAUCAGUCACAAUUCAAAAGAGCCAUAGCUCUGCAAAUUUUCUAAUCACUGAAUUGUAAAGAGGCCUAGAAUUCCAACUUUUUUGAAAAAACUCUCAAAGAAGGUUCUUUUGGUGGGUUUUCCAAAAGAAUCCAAGAAGGACUCUCCUCUUAUAAGUUCAGAAGUUGAUAUUUUAAAUUUAAGUACAAGUGACUAAUCAAUCUUUGUUCUUACUGAGUGUUCAUGUUGUGUGCACUACAGUUAAGUACAAUGCUGGGUCUAUUAAAGGUUUUUUUCUUAUAAGUAAUGCUUAUAUAAGCAAAUGAAAGGUACACUGUAGCUCAUAAUGAUAUGUUGGCAAAGAGAAGCUUUACUUUUUAAGAUUUCACAAGGACAUCCCAGAUGACAGAAGUGAAAGGUACAGUAAUGUCUGUGAGUAUAGAUAAUGAUUGUCUAGUUAUGGAAGUGGAGUGGGGGAAGGUAGUAUUUUGUUUUACGUUUUUAUUUCUUCAGUCAGCAGUUCCUGACCAACCAGAGUAUUUGUUAAUAUAAAGAUGGUUGUGAUCAUUAGAAAAUAUUACACAGUCCAGUUUGACAAAACAAGAAAUCGUAAAAUAUUUUAUGUAUUCCAGCCAUUGUUCUGUAAAUAAAGUGUUACAUCACAGUCACUAA